CAACAUCCAAACACGACCACCAACGUAGAACGCGUGCGUACAUCGCAACCACGAGCGAGAUUGCGGAGCUGAAGUCUUGGGAUGGCCAAUUUCAAUCAUGAUCGCGUACAACACGCUUUAAAUGAGCUCCUCAUACGCAUAGUCCCUGAAUACCCCGACGAAGACGAGGAGGCGGCCAAUGAUAGAUUCGAAGAAGCAUUCGACUAUGCGCUGAACGAGUUAACAACAGCGCCAGAGCCCUCCGUAGCCCCAGAUAUAAAUCAUGUGGCGGAUCUGAUUGACAGUAAAAUUUCCCAUAACGAAGAUGGCUCAUAUAGCAGCGCUCGAUUUCAGAACCUCCUCUCCCGUCUUCUCGCCCAGCCGGUUUUGGACCAAAAAUGGCGCAUGCUUCACUUUCUGUAUAACCUCUCCGAUCUACCAUCCGACGCAGACCUUCCUGACCAAGUCCCCGGGCACUCGCGCUUUCCUACCACACCUACCAAACCCCACGGGACUCACACCGCCGCCCUUGGUAGCCCUGCCUUCAAAGAGGCCUUCUCGAAACCAGGACUAUCACAUAUACCAGUCAAUAGUGGCUCACCCAAGGCAGCACCUCAGCCGGCUCCCCUUGUUGACAGAACAUUGAAACGGAGAGACAGGACAAAACAGCAAGUGAGCAGAGAAGAGUCGGUGGAUGCUGGGGCGUCGGAAGAGCCCAAGGCCGUCUCUGGUCCCACUGAGCCUGCUCUUCUCCGUGACCUGCCCUUCACGCUCCAAGGUGUAUCAUCAACUAAUCUAGUGUUCGCAUCGUCAACCGCUCUCAAGCUCCCGCCGACCCUCACCGUGCCGCUUAUAAGCCUCCUCCACACACUCGCCGAACCGUCACUUUUAUAUCGCGGGCUGUCCGAAUUCGUUGAAUCGGCAGAAGGUGGACUUGUUGGGCAAAGCUUUCGAUCAGCUCUAGGGAAGGAGCUACGGUCAUACCUGGGGCUAGUCGCUACCUUAGAAGGCCAAAUUCGGAGGGCACUGGCGCAGCUGGACGAGUCGCAACCACAUCACGGUCUUGGAAAAGCUGGAGUUACACUGAAACGAUGCGUCAUAUGGACCCGAGAAGCCACAAUGGGAUUACGAUUAAUGAGUUUAUUGGUGGAAGAGUCGAAAGAUAAGAAAGGAGGCCAACUUAUAUCCCUCAUUCAUUCAUUUUCCCUGACCCAUGGCGAUCCGUACGUCUGCGGAUUUGCUGAGCGCCUUUUGACGCAUGUUACACGGCCAUUCUACGACAUGCUCCGGCAAUGGAUAUACGACGGCGAACUGGCAGAUCCCUUUGGCGAAUUUUUCGUCUCCGAGCAAAGUGAGGAUGAGAUCAACGAGGCGAACGGAAAGGAGGACAAAGGCGGAGCAACCAGUGUCUGGGAGGACAAGUAUAAACUCAAUGAGCGGAUGAUGCCCUCAAUCAUCACCGAGGAGUUUGCAAACAAAGUCUUCCUCAUAGGCAAGACGCUGAAUUUCAUCCGCUACGGGUGCGGCGAUGCGGCAUGGGUAGACACAUACUCCAGGGACGCAUCUAAAGAGCUACACUACGGCGACACAGCGAACCUAGAGCGGUCGAUUGGGGAUGCCUACAAAACCACCAUGGCACGCCUCAUUGACCUUAUGGCGAAUAAGUUCAGGCUGUUCGAGCAUCUAAAGGCGUUGAAGAGGUACCUUUUACUCGGCGCUGGCGACUUCAUUGCCGUGCUCAUGGAAUCACUCUCGCAAAACCUCGACCGUCCAGCGAACACUCAAUACCGCCACACCCUUACAGCGCAACUGGAGCAUGCAGUACGCAACUCGAACGCCCAAUUCGACUCUCCCGAUGUCCUCCGCCGCCUUGAUGCACGCAUGCUGGAGUUGUCCCAUGGCGAGAUUGGGUGGGACGUCUUCACUUUAGAGUAUAAGAUCGAUGCCCCUGUAGACGUCAUCGUCACGCCCUUUGGUUCCAAGCAGUACCUCAAAGUGUUCAAUUUUCUCUGGCGCGUUAAGCGGGUAGAGUUCGCUCUCGGAUCAACCUGGCGCCGCAUGAUGACUGGUGCUCGUGGUGUCCUGGCAACAGUGUCGGACAAGGUGGGCGUGGACUGGAAGAAAGCGCACUGUGCGGUGGCGGAAAUGAUCCAUUUCGUCACGCAGCUGCAGUACUAUAUCCUCUUCGAAGUUAUUGAGUCCUCCUGGAACGAACUCCAAGAGGCGCUUAAUAAGCCUGAAAGUACGCUUGACGACCUCAUAGAAGCGCAUGCAAAGUACCUCAUGAAUAUCACUCGGAAGGGAUUACUGGGUAGCCAGAGCACGGAUUUCACUGGGCAGUUACAUGAGCUGCUGAAGAUUAUGCUGGCCUAUAAGGAUGCUGUCGAUGGCCUGUAUUCGUUCUCCGUCGCUGAGUUCACGCGGAGGCAAGAACACGUGGCGAAAAUCGAAACGCGAACGGCCGCCGGACAAUGGGGUCUCUCAGAAAAGGAUACAUCUGACUCCCCCGACCUGUCGACCUCCCGCCGCUCCUCGAAACGGGCAGACCCCACUGACUCCCCCUUCCCACCCCCUCUUCUCUCAAUAGGCGGCAAGAGCGGCAAAUCGGGUCUCACAGGCGAAGAUGACAUCCUGCCGGCCCUCCGGAAACGGUUAGCCAACCUGAUUGUGGAUUUUAGAGCUAGGGUAAAUGUCUUGCUUGGGGAUCUGAUCCAUCAGCCAGACCAUGAUAUGCGCUGGUUAGCCAUGGUGAUGAACUUCAAUGAUGUGUAUCAGCCGGUGAGACGGAGGCGGAAGACGGAUAAGAGGAGGGAGGCUAUUGCUGGGAAAGAGAAGGAGGGUGUAACGCCUCAACCGCCUGUGACGACGGCUCUCAAAGCGGCCAAGGGAGAAAAAGGGACGAGCUAAUGGAUUGCUUGGUGCGUCGGGUUUCUGAUAUUGGGCGUUCGGCAUCGCAUACAUCAUGUUUGUGGUUCUUAUUUGCAUUGGUUAUAGGAUAAGGGAUGGCUUAGGAAGACAUAGAACGAGGAUACCCAUAUUACGGCGCUGAAGAGCACGUCUGGCGGGCACAUCAAGGAAUGUCAAUUCUGGUUGCGUCCCCAGCAAAUGUCAAAUCCUCAAUGCAU